AUGAGCUUUAAACCACCUUCUCCGCAACGUCAGUCGUUUGCAGAUAGCAGCGAUCAAGGCCGACAAGCCAGCAUGAGUAGAGCAUUGCUUGACGGGACAAUCACCGGUGGCCAUCAGGACGCACUGUCUGACCUUGCCAUUUCCCUGGACAACGUUGCUCCCUGCCCACAAACACCUACAUCCAAGUGCACCAAGCUCAGUUGGCAUGGAUUGCCCUCACCUCAGACACUAUCGUGCAGUGUCGAAGCUCCCGCUCAGCAGUCCGCAACUGCGACCCACGACAAUUACCAGGGCAGCAGCAAAGGUCUGAUUGAUGACUUCUGGACCAGCGAGCCUGCUGAUGGUAGCAUCGACGCCGCGGCCUUACUUAUCACAUCGAAUUCCCCCUCAUCUACACCUGCCAGCGAAUCGAAUAUUCUGCACCACCAUGGUCUGACCACUCCAUCAACGUCAAUUAAAGGGGAUACGGACUUGACUCUAGAACUGCUAAGUCCUUCCUCGAUUCGUCGCAGCACUCGUUUGCAAAACAAGUGCAACACCCAACCCGAGCCUACCACGACACCUUUCGAAGUGGCCAUCACCUCAAACGGCGAGCUACCUGCUCUCCACUCCACCGAGUGGCAACUCCGAUACCCUCCGGGUGGUAGUACCCACCCGUCUUACCCUUGGCCGUCAGCCGAUCCCCGUCUCGUCUUUCACGCUCACUUCGUCCCUCUCAACAAUGGGCUUCCCAGUGCUAAACACAUGACAAACUUGGCGCUUCCUAUGGGGUGGAGGCACACGUCAUGGUCUGGUCUAUACCCGGUAGUCUUUGAUCCUCACCAACAGGUCUUCAAGCUCACACCUAUUGGUGCACUACCUCUGACAAGCGAGGAGCUACAUCAGGGCGGCCUCCAAGAUUAUGCUCCUUGUGGCAAGCUUCAUCCUGAGUUUGGCCUCUUGCCGCUACUAUCAGCAUUCAGUGAUGGAUCCAAUGGCGAUGUCUUCAACUUUGAGGGUGUCAGCUGGAAGCUCCCUUGGGCCCAGAUCGAAGGUCUCCCAGAAGACAGGAGCCAUGCUACAAGUCUCGAUACGACCGCUGUCAUCAUUCCAGAGGCCAGUGCCAUUCCCGUCAUUCAACUGCCGCCUCGGUAUAUAGAGGCACGAGAUUGUCCGGAUGAUGUAUUCGACCUCCAAGAUGGAUGGUGGUGGUUACUUGAAAUGGAACAAGUUCCCCCUGUCACGUUCACCCCCACUCCAGGUCGAAAGUGGCGUGGUACUGGAGUGCAACGUACCCCGCGUAAGAUAAAGCAGCCUAUCGCAGCAUUGAUGGCCAUCACAAUGGCUGAGAGCGAAGAAGAUAACGCAGAGCGAUAUCUCGGCAAUCAGAACACUCGGGAGUUCUGCCCUUUCAAGAGUGUUGCGACUCCAGUUCACAUCAACAUAACGCUUUUGCAGGACGUUGAAUUCACCUUAGUAGAGCUACUCUCGUACUUCCCGCUCCAUUACCAGUGGCGGAAAGCGGGUGAUCGUAUGGCUCGUGCUGGUAUGAGCGCCACGGACAUAUCAAACUUCGUCAACAUGACCAGGUGUCUGCCUGGGGCUUCUGUCUGCAGCCAUGGUAGCGUUGAUCACCAUGUGUUUCGCAAAAUUGCAGAUAAGGCAAACACCAAGGCGACACACUCAUCUGGUGAGAUCAUGAGCUACACCGCAGAGCAUUGGACGUACACGGUCUGGGAAAUGACCGACUACCCACUGCUGGCUCUGACGCACGGACUUGUCGAGCUACCUUCUGGUGUAGAUGCAGGACCACUUACUGCCAUCAUCAAAUGGGUCCGCAAGAAGGGAAGAUAUCGAACUAUGCUUAGCGAGGCACCUGUGCUUAUGAGGGAUGCCAACAUCGAGUCUCGUAUCGAUUCUGGCACAGGCUUUGAUCCUGACAAGGAAGUCCUGGCACGACACAUAGAGGCUAUCAGGAAAGAUAGUUUGCGCGUCAUCCGGAAAACAAAGGAGCUUGAUACCGCCAAGGAGAUGAAGCCCAGGAAGAGGAAGUUUGAGUAG